AUGAGGGUCAUACUCGGAAAUGGUCUCUGGGUAAGCGAGAGAGAUGACCACAAGGUUCAAAAAAAGGGUCUCCUGUCAGCAUUUACACGUCAACGUGUUAAUGCAUUAUACCCUAUAGUUUGCAAAAGGCCCAGUGAGACAAUACAAGAGGUUGCAAUAGCUUUGAACCAGCACAAAGGAAUAUUAGAUACUGCCAACUGGGCCUCGCGAUAUGCACUCGAUGUCAUUGGAUCAGCAGGUCUCGGUAAAGACUUUAUGGCAAUUCAAGAUGAGAACAACGCACUUGUGAAAGUGUGUAAGAAGGUGUUCAAAGUAUCCAAACAGCAACGCACCAUAUUUCUACUCAACACAUUCUUACCAUGGUGGUUACUGAGCAACCUGCCCCUCAGCCAUAAUCAUGAGUUCUUACAGGCAUCAAAAGCCAUUCGCCAAGUUUGUCAGGACGUCAUUCAUCAGAGACGAGCCCAGUACGCUUGCGAAGGAGUGUGGGGCACCGAUUUGCUCUCGACAGCUAUUCAAAUCGGGCGCUUUUCCGAUGAAAAUCUCAUCGAUCAAGUUAUGACUUUCCUCGCCGCAGGACAUGAAACAACGGAGUCUUCUUUAGUUUGGGCCAUUUAUUUGCUAGCCAAGCACCCGGAACUACAAAAGACGCUGCGGGUUGAUAUUCCAGAGAACGUACCACCAAUAGAGUCGGAUGCGGAGAUUACAAGUGAUGAUAUCAAGCGGGUACCUCUUCUACAUGCAGUGUGCAAUGAGACACUUCGAAUAUUCGGCCCUGUCCGCCUUACAAUGCGAGAAGCAGCCUGCGACACGUAUCUUCAAGAUAGCGCCGUGCCCUGCGGUAUCAAAUUUAUGAUAUCAUCCUGUGCUACAAAUAUAGAUGAGACUCUGUGGGGCCCCGAUGCCUCCGAGUUUAAUCCAUACAGAUGGUUAAGUGAAAACGAAGAAGGUAAUUGGGUAUUUCUUCACGAGGGAGGAGCAACGAGCAAGUAUGCCAUGCUUACGUUCUCGCAAGGCCAUCGAGGCUGUAUUGGGCAAGGGUUUGCAAAAGCUGAGUUCGCCUGUUUGAUUUCUGGCUGGCUUGGGCGUUUCUCAUUUCAACUCGAGGCCUGA